AGCUCCCAAGUCAGCCGGUGCGCAGGGCAUGGCGCAGAGGCUGGGCGAGUGGGCACGGGGACCUGCCGAGGCCACAGGGCUCUACCGAGCAGUGCUGCUCAGGUCAGCCUCCAUGUACUCUGAGAUCCAGCGGGAGCGGGCAGACAUCGGGGGCCUAAUGUCCCGGCCUGAUUACAGAGAGUGGAACCCAGAGCUCAUCAAGCCCAAGAAGCUGCUGAACCCCGUGAAGGCAUCGCGGAGUCACCAGGAGCUGCACCGAGAGCUGCUCAUGAACCACAGAAGGGGCCUGGGUGUGGACAGCAAGCCCGAGCUGCAGCGGGUGCUGGAGCAUCGCCGGCGGAACCAGCUCAUCAAGAAGAAGAAGGAGGAGCAGGAGGCCAAGCGGCUGCAGUGCCCCUUCGAGCAGGAGCUGCUGAGAAGGCAGCAGAGGCUGAACCAGCUGGAAAAGCCCCUGGAACAGGAAGAGGAGCAUCCACCCGAGUUUAUUAAAGUCAAGGAAAACCUGCGGAGGAUUGCCACGCUGACCAGCGAAGAGCGGGCACUGUAGAGCGAUGGCGGGCCCCGCAGCCUUGGGCAUCCGGUGGCGGUCACACCAGCUCCCCGGAGAACACGCCAGCACACAGCCUGGUCCUCUUAGCUGACCACCCCUGAACGCCCCAGCUGUUCCCUUCUGAGCUUGCACUCCUCCCGUCCCAAAGGGAAGUCACUGCCGGUAACCCUUCACGUAGGUGCGCG